AUGAAGGGAAGAAUAACUGGUUCUUUUAGGUUAUUAUUUAACUUCGUGACCUUGCUAAAUAUCCUUCUUGGCUUUAUUAUAUUCAAUAAUAUUAAGGUUGUUGAAUCGACAGAGAUUUCAUGUUAUGGUAUUGCAGCCUCCAAUUCAAGUGUUUGCUCAGGAAGGGGAUCGUGUAUUUCUCAAGAUGUUUGUUCUUGUAUGGGAACAAAUUCAUCUCAAGCUGUCGAUUAUCUUCAAAACUUUGAUUCUGGUUGGGGAGUGAGAUUCUAUGAUCCAAGCCCAAACACAUUGUUCAAUAGUUAUGAAAUGAAUAGGAUUCAAGGAAAUUAUCCAAACAUAUCGAUUUCAACUAAGAAUAAGGCACAAGAUAUGUGGUGGUGUAACAGAAUGGAAGGUGAAUUAAUCCUUAAUGAUGUACCAAGAAAUGUAGAUGGAAGCAUUUUCAAUGAAUGGUCCUAUGAAGCUGUUAUUGACAUGAAAGCUAGAGGAGGCCUAACUCAUAUUGGUGUGGUUGUAUGGAGAAAUAAUAGCCUCAAUCCAAAUAAUGCCAACUAUUUCAUUGGAAGUGGUCCAACCGAUACAUCAAAGUUGACAAUAGCUGUCAAUAAUGAAAAGUAUUGUGAUGUUCUCCCUGAAGAUUUGAUUAAUCACUAUUCAGAUGGUCCCUUCACAUUUUCAUCUUCUCAAACUCAUGCACCUCUUCUUGUUAGAAAGAAUCCAUUAGGUUACAAGUUUUAUUACAAGACUGCCACUGGAACUGAUUGGAUUCACUAUGGAACAGUUCCAACAACAACAGUUUAUGACAAGGUUGGUAUUUUCAUCAAGCAAUGGAGUAUUAUUAUUGCAGUUGGUGGCCCUCUUUCCUUUGAUGUAUCAGGAAUGGGUUUGAAAGUUUCCAAGUUUACAGGAGCUUCUUGUAAUGUGACCUCAUGUUUUGGGGUAGCAAGUACUAGUAGCCAAGUGUGUAAUGGAAAUGGGGCAUGUACUGAUUUUAAUACUUGUGUCUGUAAUGAUGGAUUCUCGGGUAGCACAUGUUUGACUUCCUCAAACAACUCUGCAACCACCAAUAAUAGUACCUUAAAUGGAAAUGGUACAUUGACCAACAAUACUGAUAUUUCUAAUAACAACACUGUACAUCACAACGUUUCAGAUAACAGCAAUACCACUAAUCCAGUCAAUCCUGUAGUUUCAGACAAUAGUACCACUUGGAAUAAUACAAGCAUUGACAAUUCUACCAAUACCUCAUCAGGAAAUUCUACAUCUAAUAGCACAAAUUCUUCCAAUAGCACAACCAAUGGGAACAAUACAAUCCAAGAUAACUCAACAGUAAUUCAAAAUAAUACUAAUGUAUACAAUAGCUCUAAUAACUCUAAUACGACUGUCAACAACAGCACAGUAAUAACAAACAGCUCAACUUAUGAAAAUUCAACAAUUCCACAAAAUAGCACUAACUCAAACAAUAAUUCAUCCCCAUCAGCUCCAAAAUAUGUGUGUAAUGGGAUUAGCUCUGAUAAUUCUAGUGUUUGCAACUCUAAAGGAAAUUGCACAGAUUCUGGAUGUGUUUGUGUAUUUGGUUAUUAUGGCUCUAAUUGUGCAGUUCCUCUGUGUUUUGAUAUUCCAUCAAGUGAUAAGAAUGUUUGCAGUGGUCAAGGUGAAUGUAUUUCUCCAAAUCAAUGUAAAUGUAAAACUGGAUUCGAAGGUGAAACAUGCAAUUCAUUCAAAUGCUAUGGAAUCAGCAAGAGUUCAUCUAGCGUUUGUGGAGGCCAUGGUUCUUGCACUGCUGUAGAUACUUGCUCUUGCCUUUCCAACUGGAAUGGAAAUUCACAAUGUACUGAAUGUAAUCCAAGCUUUUCAGGGGUUAAUUGCACAGAAGCAGCAUGCAGUGCUGAAAAAACAUGUAAUGGAAGAGGAACUUGUGGCAGCAAUAAGAAUUGUAUUUGCUCUGAUAAUUUUUCGGGCGAGUUUUGCACAAACUGUACAGCAGGAUAUUUUGGAUCUAAUUGCGAUAAUGUUUGUACUCCUGCCCGUAAUUGCUCAUCUCAUGGAAAUUGUAAUUCUAUGGGAGAAUGUGUUUGCUCUGGUCAUUUCUCUGGAAAAACUUGUUCAUCUUGUCAAACUGGUUGGUAUGGAGAAAAUUGUGACUAUUCUGUGAGUGUUUCUUCUUUCUCCUUCAAUAAGAACGGAGAUGUAAUUACUGGUACAGUUUACUCUCCAAUAAGUACAAAGUUUGAAUGCUCUUAUUUCAUUGCAGCAGAGAGUCUUCCAUUGAUUGGUGGUAGUGAUGCUUCUUGUCUUUAUACCAGUUCUGAAAAUUCAUUCCAAAUAAUUUUAGGCUCAAGUACAACAAUUGUUCCUGGAAGUACCUUAAUGUUCUAUUCUGAUUUGCUAAAGAAAACUAAUUUUGUUAGUGUGAUUGUUUCCACUGGUUCACUUGUUUCUAAUCCGCCAGAUGCUGUAUUGAAGUCUGAUAAGUCCAUUGUUUCAACAUGUGAUAAGGUAUCUUUUGACGCUUCCUCAUCUUCAUCUUCUGAUAGAAGAGCUUUGACCUAUUCUUGGUCAUCAUCUUCUGCCACUUUGAACAAUAUGAUCAAUUCUCUUAAAACAUCUGUUGUUACAAUACAAGCAAAUGCACUCAAUGUUGGAAGUUACUCAGUUGUAGUUAAGGUUACAAAUCAAUUUGGUUAUUCUUCCAAUCAAACUCUGUCCUUCUCUGUUGUUACUACAGUUGUUCCAUUCAUAAAUAUUCCAGAAGAAGUUCAAGUGUUAAUUGGAGGCUCUUCCAUUAUUGUCCCAUCUAUCACUUUCCCAUCAUGUUACAGCGGAAAUUCUAGCUUGCUGAAAGUUAGCUACUCAGUUGAGUUGAACUCUGUAGACACCUCUCUCAAACUUUCCACAAGUAAUAGAAUGCUCAUUUUUGGCUCUGGCUAUACUUCAAUUAAGAAGGAAGGAAAUUAUUAUUUUAAGGCAACCGUUACUGCCGAUCAAGCUCUUGAAACUAGUGUAAUUUUCCUUGUAAAGGCAAUUAGUCAACCAUUAGAAUUAUCUUUCAAUGUAACCGACUUCUCUCAAGGUUACGACGAACUUGUUUCGUUUUCUGCUGUUAAGAAUGAUCCAAGUGCAACCUCUGAUUCUGAUUCACUCACAAUUGCAUGUUUUAAGAUUUCCACCAAUACUGGUUGUGGUUCUGUGAGUUCUCCAUUCAGUCAACUCCUUCAGCCAGGAAAAUAUUCUUUCACUGCAACCUACUCUAAAGGUUCAAGAAGCAUUCAAAAGGUGUUAUUGGUUACAAUUUUAUCAGAUUCAAAGGAUAAGAUUAUCAAGGCUUCUAUUUCUGCCAAGCCUCAAGGUAUUUCUCAAAGUAUUGACUUAUCGGCAGUUGACAGCAGUCAGGAUGUAAUUUUCAACUCUAACCUUUUGGAUUCCUUAUCCAACCCAUCAUACAAAUGGACAUCUUCUAACCUUGAUUUAACAAAUUUGGAGACAAGUCUCAGUUAUAUUAUCAUUCCAAAGAGUAGUCUUGUUCCAGGUUUAACAAUUUCUCUUGAUUUGUUGAUUACUGAUGGAAAUAAGAAUGGUUCUGCAUCAAUCUCUUUCACUGUCAAUUUCCCACCAACUAGAGGUGUAUUUGAGGUUUUCCCACAAAGUGGCUACUCUUUGGACGAAUUUGAUUUAAAGUGUGGUAACGGAUGGAAUGAUCCUCAAGCCCCUCUUUCUUAUCAAUACUUCUUCAAUGAUGGCACCUAUUGGAAACCUCUAUCGGAAAAAGUUGUUGAUUUGAAAUCAAUUCGUGUGAGACUGGCCUCUGGAUCUUCUUCAAAUUCUUACAAGGUGCCAGUUAAGGUUGUUGUUUCAGAUGCCAAAGGUGCCUCAACAGAAUCUAUCCUGCAGGUUAAAGUGGAAAACUUGUCAGUCGAGCAAACAUUCAAAGUUUUGAGCUCUAUCAGCUCACAAGUUGCCACCAUCUCCUCCACUGAUGCAUCAAAUGCAUUAUUGGUAAUUGGAUCUGUAACAAGCUCUUCUCUGGAUGCAACUCAAAAGGAGAAGAUUUCACAAGCAGCCAAUAAUUUAGUUUCGGCUGUAAUCUCCACCAAAUCCUCUCAAAGUAGUCUCGUUCCGGAAACAAGCGACUCUGCAAUCUCAACAGCUUCUGUUAUUUCAAAUGCUAUUCCAGCUGUCACUGGAGGUUUUAUUACAGAUAAGACAACCUCUCUUAUCAUUUCCACACUUGCAUCUACGACUGAGACUGUAGCCUCUGUUAAAAGUGUUAACUUUGACUUAAACACUAUUUCUAGUGUUAUUGCUGCCACUAAUGCUCUUUCUGGAUAUGUAUCAACUCGUAGAAGAUCUCUGAAUUUGUUCACUGAUGAUGAUUUAAAGAAUUUAGGCGUUACUUACACUAAUAUUGUAGCAGCCUCAACAAAGAAUAAUGCUCCAGAUAUGCCUGCCUCUGUUGUGAUUGGUAAUGGAGUUGUUGGAUAUAGUAGAAAGCUCUCCUCCCCAAGUAUGAAUAAUUUCUAUGACAUUCUCUACAAUUCAAAUACCAUCACACUCUCCUCUACAUUCUCCAAGUUGAUUCCAAACGUUGCAUCCGCCAGUUUAAGAUUUAUGAUCUAUGACAAGAGAAAUGCUGUCUCUAAAUUCUCUCUCGGCUCUGACUUUGAUAUGUUCACCAAGGUAAUUGAGUUUAACAUUGUUCCAGAAAAUAGCUAUUCUCCAUUCAAGCUUUCAAAUACCAACCUUGUAAAAUUGAGAAUGCAAACUUUGAAGAAUGAAACUUCCCUUCCUCAAAAUACAGAGCUCAUCUGUAAAAAGUAUGACGAUAGCAAGGAUGUGUUCAGUACAGAUUCUGGAUGUACUGUUGGAACCUUUGUUAAAGAUUCUGUUGUUGCAGAUAUUAGCAGUACUGGUGCCUACACACUCACAACUUUGGUCAAGCAGAAAACAAUCAUCUCUCAAGCUAGCUUGUCUUACUAUUGUAAUAUUAUAGCAUUAUUGUUUGUACUUAUAGUUACUCUUUUCCUUCACUAA